ACGAUCCACAGUUCUGCAAUUUGUUUACCUCAACAUUGACCAUGGUGCGAUGGACUGUGGGCAAUGCGCAGUACGAUAAGAUGCCAAAGUAUAACCAGAUUACCACAUGGAUCUACUACAUAUCCUUCGUUAUCUUUGUGUAUAUUAUGCUGAUGCUUUCGUACCAGGCCAUUGUGAUCAACACUUACGAUGAGGUUAAACAGGUUGUCAUGACACGUCCCUCUCAAUUGGGAACAGUCAUUAAAUUAUUCAUUAGAGAUAUCUACGACUUAAUAUAUCUGCUAGUUUGUGGUAAGCGCAAACAAAGACCUUUAAUUGAUUUGGAUGUAAAAAGUGAACAUGGAUCAGAACAGCGCAUAGAUCCACGACAGGCAGCUGAAAUGGCUGCCAUGCGUCAAAUGGAGCAAAAAUGUCCUAAUAGCAUAUCACAACCAGAUUAUCUACUUGGGCGGUUGGUACGCACUGCCAAACGCAUUAAGGAGUUGGAGGAAGUCACUAACCAGGGCUUAAAGCGCCUCCUUGAAUACUAUAAUAUCUUACAUAAGCAGCAUAACAUGGCAGCGAUGCGUAUUAAUGGCACUGAACCAGAUUAUGAAACCGUUGUUUAACCCUU